AUGAGCGCUUACGGCAAUUACACGACCUCGGGUGGUGGUCGUGGCGGCGGUUCCCCUUACACCAGCAAUCUCGUCGAUCCUUACGCCCGGAACCUCUCCAAUCACUUCGAAUAUAUAGAUGCCGACCAUGGAAUCCUACAAGAUACACACCGCCCUUCGGUAGCAAAGGGACAUUCCGACAUCGAUGAUCCAGAUGCUCCCGAUGUUAUUCGUGUGCGAUACAUGGCCACACUCCUCCCCGUGGAGUUUCCCCCAUAUUCCAUUAGUGAAGGGAAAGCCUUCGUCAGCCAGCUGCGAAACGCCGUCGCUCAGUGGCUCCAGACCGACCCCAGAAGAGUGAGAUUGGUUUACAAGAAGCGUGACCUGAAACACGAUUCCUGGCCGCUGAGAAAGUACGAUCUUAAACAGAAUAGUGAGGUGGCAGCUAUCAAAACAGAAAGUGUUCUCGACUAUAGCGAUAGGGAGAGUCAUUCAUCCAGCGGAGAAGAUAACGUGGCGCCUUCCAAUCAGAACCCCCGGCGCCGGCCUCGAGCAUUGUCAUCGAUCAGACACCGUAGCAAUGACCAAAUACCAUCCCCCAGAACCCCAACUACCUCGCAGUUCCUUUCCCCAAAUGGCCACAUCCCUUCAGGGACCGCAUCGGAACGGCAGUCUCGUGGCAGUCUCAGGCCAGAGUCGGACGACCGUUCCUACCGACGGGAACCAUCGCGGACUCGAGGAACGUCGCCUCACCCAACCCCUAGCUCAACACCAGCACCUUCAAUCCGCACCGCAGAUCCGAAUACGCCGUUGGGAAAACUUCAGACGCUUUCAGAUGUGUUUCAUGAAGACUGGCUUCCUCUCUGCCGCAGAUUUGUCUCCAACCCCCCCUCUGAUCUUGCGGCUAGGGAAAAAGAACACCGGAAAUUGAGCGAAAGUGUAAUGCAACAUGUUAUUCUCAAAGCCGAUGCCAUUGAUGUGGAUGAUUCCGAGACUCGCGCUUUCAGAAAGAAGUUGGUCAAUGAAGUCUAUGAAACCAUGAAGAGCAUAGAUGCUGUGACCAAGAGAUGA